GCCCGUCACCAAGUCACAUGAGAGUGAGUGGCGUGUGGACAAUGAACCUGCGCGCUAAAGGCACGCCAGCCGUCUCUUGCUGCGUCUGCUCCUAACCGUGACGACCUCCUCUCCUCCCCACCCCACCGUGCCAACGUAGCUUCGGGCUAAGACCUCCCUCCUCAUCAUCCCCCUUCACACACACAGACACAGAGAGAGAGAGAGACACACACACUCGCUCACGUUGAGCGGACAGGACGCUUACCUGCACAGUUCACAGCAACAGCGGAGGUGAGCACCACCAGCGUCUCGUUGCGUUUCAAGGCGAUAAAAGGGGACACUUAACGCGGCCAAGUUUUAAGGCGUACCGAGACAAACGUGAGAAAGCUGACCAGGUGACAUUCCACGAUGGGAGCCGGGACCAGAUCUGAUGGCGGUGGCGGCGGUGGCGGCGGGGUCACCUUGGCCAUGCACGUCGUUGGGUUUGCGCUGUCCACGCUUGGCUUUGGCCUCACGGUGAUGGUCAUCUAUCUCAACUGCUGGAGCAUCUACAGCCACGGGCCCGGCACCUACAUGCAGAGCGGCCUGUGGAACAUCUGCGUGAGGAAUGCCAGCACGGAGCGCGGCGAGGUCUGCAGGCAGUUCUACACGGCGCUGUCACAGCCCAGGUUCUUCCAGGUGGUGCGUGCGCUGAUGCUCAUGGCCGUGGCGGUGGGCGCCAUCGCGCUGUUCGUUUCCACGCUGGGCACGGCGUGCGCCCGCCGCUUCAGCGAGCACGCCAGCACCAAGACCAAACUGACCUGCGCUGGCGGCGCCCUGUGGCUUCUCACGGGUCUCUGCGUGAUGCUGGCCGUGUCCCUUUACGCCAACUUCGUCGUGAGCCAGCUGUACAACCCGCUGGAGCCCUACGGCGUUCGGUUCUCGUUCGGCGCUGCGCUGUACACCGGCUGGCUGGCCGGCGCCUUCAUCGUCAUCGGCGGCGCGCUCAUGGUCGCUGUGUUCUUCAGGAAAAAUUCCCUCCGGACGACGUACAGAUUCGUCAUCACUGACAUCGUCGCGUCCCCUUGAGGAGCUGGCGACCCGACAGCCCACGCUCGCAAGAGGACACUUCUAGACCGGGCGGAGAGAGGUUCAAGUUCAAGGUCACACGCUCAUCCAACCCCCGUCCUCAAAGGCGGCUAAGGGAGCAGCAAUGCCGCCUUAAUCGUGCGGCAAACGCAGAGCACCAUGGGAAUUUGGUUGUUUACCGCCGGCCUCGGUGAGCGUGGUCCUUCCAACCCACCCGUCUGUUCGUGACUUGGAAUGCCACGGAUUCAUUUGAACUCUUUCCCUUUGCCGGGGCACCAGCAAUUUGCAGGGUGUGUGGGGGGGGGGGGGGUCCCCGUUUACCGCUGAAUCUCGGAACGCGCGAGCAGUUCGGCGUUAAUUCCAUUUUAGAGGGGGGCAUAGUAGCGCCGUUGUUUUUUCAGAUAUCGUUUACUCGCCGCAGAGAACCGCAGCGACGUGACCUGCCGCCGCUCCACGAUAGCUGGCGCCAAGCUGUGCCACACAGGCCCUCCCGUGUGGCCCUUCACUUCCGAUUCCGUUGCAAUGACGUACGCGUACGUACACGCACGUCGUUGGAACGGCAGAGGUUUUAAAGAGAGCUGCACGCAUCCUGAUGUGUCCUUGCUGGGCGUCGCGCGUUGUUGCUUGACACGCGAGACGUUUCCCCCCCCGCGCGCUGGGGGCAUCUGCAGGAGGCGAAUAUUUCCGAGCGGCGUGUUGUUCGGCAUCGAAGACCCGGCCACGUCGCUUCGCGUGUUUCGUGGAAGCUUCUUCGGUCACUGUUGGUCUAGUUCACGAAGCGCCUGGAGCGGUAUCAACUUCGAUAACACAUCGGAGCGUGCGGGGCGAACGCGAAAACCUACCCAGUAUAAUGUGCGCUGCGGGAUUCCUGAUGUUUGUUAAGUAAAUGUUUCAUUUCAUUGCAAUAUAUAGCACAUGUAUAUAGCAAAUACACGUGUACAAAUUAGCAAAUGUCGAAUGAUAUGCUUUUGUGAUUUCAGGCCGAAGUGUGUACAGUAGGAACUGUGAUAGUGAUAAAUUAAUUUAGGAAAACUAUUUAAUAUUUCAUUUGCCCCCUCUUUUUCGCUCUGCCCGAUGAAGUCCGCUUGUGUUGCCAUCGAAAGGUCGUGGGUUUUUUCUUUUGUUAAUUUUUUUUGUACAUUUUUUAUUAAAUUUUAUUAUCUUUUAUUUAAUUUUAGUACCUUUAAUUCUCACGUGUACCUAUCAUGUAAACCACCGUAAUUUAUUAAACCUGAUUUGCAAUGUCCAUAAUGAUUUUGUACCUGAUUAGUGUCAUCGUGGAGAAUUUUCAGGACCAAAAUAAAUUCGCAGACCUUA